AUGGCUCCCGGCCACCAUCAAUCGAUCAAGUCCAACAAGCGACGCAGAUCUCACUCGCCAAGUACCGACGACAAGAAGAAACAGAAGCAGACGCAGAAGCGCACGGCGGAAACCACAUCGACAAGGCGACCUGACACUCGCAAGGUUGCAGAAAACGCCCCGAACAAAAACGCCGCCUCCAGGACCAAGGCAAGGAAGGCAAGGCGCGCGGCCGCGAGAGAUAGGCACACUCGUAGUACGGCUCGCUCCGGCAAAGCGUUGGCCGCCCCUCCAGUAACUACACUGUAUGCGACCGCCAUAGAUCUUCCCGAUGAACUGAUUAUGAUGAUGUUUGACUAUUGCGAAAAGGAGAGUCAAGUGCAACUGUCCAUGACCUGCAAGGCAAUGCACCGAGUUGGAACGGAGGCACGAUUCCGGGAUAUCGACAUCGUGGUCGGCCGGAUAACGUCCAAGACGACCCCCGCUCAAUUCUCGAUCGUUCUCAAAAACUUGCGUUUCACUCGGCAUCUUCGUAUCAAUGUACUGGAUAAUGAUCGUGGAACAAGGCUUUUUAAGCGUCUUCUCAACCGUCUCAAGGAGCUCAGCCCAGUGUCGCUACGCUUCGUGGGUUCUCUCAAUUACAAGUCGUACGUCGGACUAUACAGCCUUCUCACCAGCAAGGAGCGUGGUGAGAAACUCAGAUCUAAACUUCGCAACCUCGAUCUUCCAAUGCGACCGCUUCGCGAGACUUGCCGACCUGGACAUAUCAACUCGGGGCCUUUCAAAGAUGGUGGCAUCUUCAACCACUCGGCUAUUAUCCGGUUCCAAUCAGACAAGCAACUAGAAAAACCCCUGGCUAGGGAGAUCAGCGUCGUAGGAGAUCACGAUCCCAGCCAGCAAUUGGACUCCGGCACCCCGCAUAGUGUGGCGCAAAACGUCAUCCAGAUGAUGGGUAUCGAGACUCGAAGUAUUGAUGAGCUUGUGGUCUUUGGCCGACAUACGACUAGGGACUCUCCGACCUUCUAUCUUCAGAACCCUUUCGAUAACUUUGGUCUUCACUUGCCUUCGAAGCCGUUCGGGCUCAGAGAGCUGAGUCUUGUUGGCCUCGAUUUCCGGCAACUACGGCCUGCAAUGUUUACUUCAUUCAGCAUCACGACUCUUCGCACUCUUCGGGUGAAGCAAUGCUGCUGGUUGAAGAAACUUUUCGAGCACCUGAUGAGCUCAAAGGACCCUCUUCAUCUUCAUACGGUCAAGAUCAAUAUAUACAGCUAUGGAGAGUAUCUUCAGCCGGAUGAAGCUUUCGGAUUCGCCAAGUUCUGCAAGUCAUUUUCGACUUUGAAGAAGGUCGAGAUAGAAGCUGGUGCAAAUUGGCAAACUGACUUUGACGCACAUAUUCUCAGUUCACACAGCGAACUCGAAGAGUGCUUCCUGAGUCUCGGCAAACCAUCACUAGACAUGGCGACGAUCGAGAUUCUCCAGGAGAACCACAAGAACCUCAAGGUGUUAUGUUUCAGGUGUCAAGAAAUAGCAGGAUCUUUGGAGCGGGGUCGUUUAUCACAAGAAGGUGAGAAGAAGAUUGCUCUUCUGGCUGCUGAAUUGCCGCUGUUCAAGAAGUUGGAGGAGUGGCAGCUGAUCUGCGAUCCUCCUCGCUCCAAGGACGUAUUGAGUAGUUUCCAGACCAUUGCGACGGAGAUACACCAGCGCGUCGCGGCUGCCUUUGGCACACGUCCACUCAACAUCAACACCAUUUCCAUCCUCACUCGGGACAUCUUUUACACCCUAGAUGAGGUUGACGCUGGGAAGAUACCCCACAUGCAUAGGUUUCAUUUCUCAAAGGUGGUAGCAGAGGCUGGGGGUAUUCAGUGUUGA